UAACUUGCUUCACUGCAAAAACGAACAGGUGUGGACAAUGAAGUCCCCUCUCCACAGAGUCCUGGUGUUGCAUCUGAUGGGAAUCUUCACAGGAGACAAUCAGGUAUGAAAAGGCACCUUGGAGGGUGGAGGAGGGGGCAAAGGUGGGCUUCAGUCCAGAAUUCAAUCUUAAAUCCGGAGUUUGGGUUUCACCAGCCUCCUAUUAACAGUACUGGAGGAACCAGUAGCUGUGGCCAGGAAGGCCAGAUCUGGAAGAUGAGAAGCCACCAGUGUUGCCUACAGGGUUUCAGGCAAGGGAUUUUCCCAGCCCUUUCAGGAGAUGCCCACCUGGGACCUUCUGCUCUAACACAGGGCUUUGGUCAUUCCUCAGACUCGGUCCAGGCAUUCUCCAAGGAGGUCAGUCACUGACUGCUAACCUCCAGGGUCGAGGGUGCUAUACAUUGGCAAGGGCUGGCUUUUGCAAGUAUCUGAUUGGUCAGUGGGCACUGUAGGUAACUGGAUACCAGACGAGAUGCAGCCUGGAAAACAUAAGAGCCUGCCUGUUGGAUCAGGCCAGUGGUCCAUCUAGUCCAGCAUCUUGUCCACACAGCAGCCAACCAGAUGGGAAGCCCACAAGUGCGAGAGAAACUGGUAUUCAGAAGCAUUACUGCACACAGCUGUGGAGGCAGAGCAGAGCCAUCAUGGAGAGCCUUCUCUGCCCCCUAAAGAUCCAGAUCUUUACUGAAGAAGUUGUUCACUGUUCCACCCCCCCCCAACCCUCAACAACUAGGGGCAGAGGGAUCAAUGCCUUUGCAUGGAGCUGGAAGAAGUAGUCAGAAGGAAGGCUUGCUGAGAGCCCUAGAAGAUACCAAGGGAAACAUCGCUUCCUUGGUGUGAUGGCCUGGGAUUCCGAUUCGGAGGAUGAAACAGAGGAAUCCCAGCCUGCACAGGAGUCCCCGCCUCCAGGGCCGGCUGAACUGGGGCAAGGCCUAGAUGCUGAAGAGCCUGCACCUGUGGCAGUGCAUCAGGAGCUGGCCCCAGGUGAAGCCCUUCUGGCCCCAGAGGGGCUUGAUGACUCAGUGGCCACAGGUGAGCCUCCUCCAGGGCCCAGUAACCCUUCGGCCUCUCCUGAUCUGCAGAGGCUUAGGGCAGAGAGGCGAAGGGAACUGGCUGCCCCCAGGAGGAGGGCUCGCCUUAAGGCCAGAGGAGGCGGGGCUCCUGGGGACCGGGACCGCCCCUGGCCUUAGAAGAGGAUAAAGCCCAGUCAGCCCGGCCCCAGGCUGCGGGAGCAACGUCGUUGCUGGCUUCGGACGUUCCUGUGCUCGUGUUCCCUGCUCGGCUUCCUGUUCCUGACUAUCCGGUACUCCUGUUCCCUGCUCGGCCUGCCUGUUCCCGACCAUCCGGUGUUCCUGUUUCCUGCACAGCCUCCUGUUCCAGCAUUCCUGUUCCCCGCCCGGCUCUCUGCCUCGGACCUUGCCCCUCUUCGUGUGGACUCUGCUACACCCAAGGUACCUUACCCCGGGACCAGCACAGUUUGCUCCCGCCACACCCGCACUUCCCUUCGUAGGGGUGCGCUCGGGAAGAGCCAGAGGCCAUGGCUGAACAGGCGGCUGCACUGGUGGCUUUGGCCCAGGAGAACCAGGCCUUGAAUCACACCGUGCAGCAGCUCAGCGACGCGGCUGUGGCACUUCAGCAACGCUUGGAAGCCCUACCGGCUCCUGGGGCCGACGCCCGGCCCGGGCAAGUACCCAGUGGCUUUGCCUGAGAAAUUUGAUGGAGCCCCGGCCAGCUUUCCCAUGUUCCUGGCCCAGGCCAAGCUGUAUAUUCAGGGGCGAGCCCGGAACUUUCCUGACGACCGCACCAAGGUGCACUUUUGGAUUAGUUUGUUAAAGGACCAGGCGGCCAAGUGGGCGUUGCCGCUACUCAGGUAAGACUCCCUUGCUGGCAGACUAUACGGGGUUUUGCAAUCGCUUGGAGGCCGCGCUCGGCAACCCCCAGAAAGAGAGCCAAGCCAACCGGGCGAUUCAGGCGCUUGAAACAGGGCAAGUCCACGGUGGCCACAUAUACCACGGAGUUUCGGCUGCUGGCACAGGACUUGACCUGGAAUGACUAGGCACUGCGGGACCAGUAUCUCGAAGGGCUUAGGACGAGGUACAGGAACACAUGGCCAAAAUGUAACGCCCCACAACGCUUGAAACUCUCAUUCAACGGAGUCUAAAAAUAGACGACCGGUUGGAGGAUCGGCGCCAGGCCCGGGUCGCCGACACUUCCAGUUCACGGCACCAGCUUUUUCCGGCAGCCCCACGGUCACAACUGAUUUAACGGAGGAGCCUCUGCAGCUCGGGGCAGUGCGGCCACGCCUUUCCCCGCAGAGAAGGCGCGGCGCCGGGAGGGAAAUCUCUGUCUUUACUGUGGCGGAAGUGGACACUUCGCCGGUCCUGCCCUGAGAAACGCCAGCCGCAGGGAAACCGCCAACCCCAGUAGCUGAUGGCCCUAGCUGCCGGGGGUCCCAAACCGUACAGAAUGGGCCCGCACCAAUGGACUUGCAACAUCUUAUGGUUUCAGUACGUUUAUACCCUCCAGGUGGGCCCUGGAUCCUCACCCAUGCUUUGGUAGAUUCAGGGGCAACCCGCUCCUAUAUGGACGCUGCUUUUGCCGCCCAUCAUCAGGUGCCACUGGAACAAGCCAGUACCGGUCCAGGUGGAAGCGAUUGACGGACGACUUCUGCGUUCAGGUGCCGUUACUCAGGAGACCCAGCCCUUGGUCCUGUGUCUCCAGCAGCACCGGGAGUUGCGGACUUUGGACAUUGCCUCUAUGCCCCGCUUCCCUGGUGCUCGGGAUGGACUGGCUGGAAGCCCACAACGCUCAGAUUGACUGGGUCAAACGGACCGUGCACUUCCCAGACCCAUGUUCCCAUGCUCAACUGGAACGCUGGCGGCCGCGCCUCAGAGGAGGCAGCACCCACGCUCCCAGCCGUGUACCAGGACUACCAGGACGUGUUCGAGGAACGGGGGGCAGACCAGCUGCCGCCACAUCGGCCUUUUGACUGCGGCAUAGACCUCCAACCCGGAGCGCCUUUACCAGUGAGUCGCUUAUAUUCCCUAACAGAGCCAGAGCGCGAGGCUUUGCAGGACUUCUUGCGCAAGAACCUGGAGCGUGGGUUCAUUAGGCCUUCCACCUCGCCUACCGCGGCACCCGUGCUUUGCUAAGAAGAAAUGUGGGGAACUCCGCCUUGCCAUGAUUACCGAGCCCUGAACAAAAUUACCGUCCCAGACCGGUACCCCUUGCCCCUUAUCUCGGAACUGCUGGAGCGGGUGCAAGGGGCACAGGUGUUCACCAAGCUGGACCUCCGGGGCCUACAACUUGAUUCGGAUCCGAGCCGGGGUGAGUGGAAGACAGCGUUUGGGACCCGGUACGGGCAGUUCGAAUAUUUGGUUAUGCCUUUCGGUUUGUGCAACGCGCCUGCUGUGUUUCAACGCUACAUCAACCACGUGUUUCAGGACUUGUUAGACAAGUACGUGGUGGUGUAUUUGGAUGACAUACUGAUUUACUCCCGUGACCCGGCUUGCCAUGAGGGACAUGUCCGGACCGUGCUGCAGCGCUUGCGUGAGCACCGCUUGUACGCAAAGCUCAGCAAGUGCGAGUUCCAUCAGCGGACUGUGGACUUCCUUGGUCACCGGCUCUCUCCAGAUGGGGUGCAAAUGGACCCGGGAAGGUGACAGCGGUUCAAGAAUGGGCGGCACCCCGGAACCGCAAGGACCAGCAGCGGUUCCUGGGGUUCGCCAAUUACUACCGGACCUUCAUCGCUGAUUAUGCUCAUCGCACCACCCCGUUGACCCGGCUACUGCGCCCAAAGACGCCGAUUUCCUGGGACCAGGAGGCAGAGGAGGCGUUUAUGGGGUUGAUGGCGUGUUUCAAGAGGGCACCAAUCUUACAACAUCCUGACCCCCUCGACCCUUUGUGGUGGAGACCGACGCUUCCAGUACGGCUCUCGGUGCCGUCUUGUCUCAACAGAUUGGUCCUGAAGCGCCACUCUUACCCUGUGCCUUCUAUUCUCGCCAGCUCCUACCAGCGGAGCGUAACUAUACUGUGUGGGAGCGGGAACUACUGGCCAUCAAGGUAGCCUUUGAGGUCUGGCGCCACCAUCUUGAGGGGGCACGACAUCCGGUGGAGGUGAGAACCGACCACCGGAACCUGGAGUACCUCCAGACCACCCGCAAGCUGAACCAAAGACAGAUCCGGUGGGCGUUGUUCUUUUCCCGGUUCCAGUUCCGGAUCCGCUACAUCCCUAGCUCUCAGAAUCAGAAGGCGGAUGCCCUGUCCCGGAAAACCCGAAGACAACGCAGACACGGUACAGCAAGCAGAACCCACCACGAUCCUACCUCCGGCUGCAUUCCUGGCCACCCAGGAGGCGCAGCCACUGCAGGUUCGGGUGCGGGAACAGCAGCGGGUCGACGCUUGGGCCCAGGAACGACUCCGGGAGCUGGCUGAAGGGUCCAGCCCACAGUAUCCGGGGCUGGUCCUGCAUCAGGGCCUUCUGCUGCACCACGGUCGCCUGUAGCAUCCCGCCAGGGCCACUACGGCUGGAGGUUCUCCGGAUGGCCCAUGAUGCCCCAGCAGCGGGGCACUUUGGACGGUAUCGGACCACCCAUCUGGUCAGUCGAGAGUUUUGGUGGCCCCGCCUGAAGGCUGACGUGGCUCGCUACGCUGCUGGCUGUGAUGUCUGCCGGCGCGCCAAGGGACCCACCGGGCGACCCCCGGCCUACUUCAGCCAUUGCCAGUUCCACCGCGCCCUGGCACACGGUUUCGUUGGACUUUGUAGUGGACUUACCUCGCCUCGUGGCUGUACCUGCCUUCUGGUUUUCUCCGACCAUUUCACCAAGAUGGUGCACUGCGCUCCCUGUCCAACUGUACCCACAGCCAAGGAAACUGCUCAGCUGUACCUUCAGCAUGUCUUCCGCCUGCAUGGACUACCUGAGCGCGUGGUGGAACCCCGGGGCGUUCAGUUCACAUCCCGGUUCUGGCGAGCAUUACACCAGACCCUCGGGACAGAGGUCUGCCUCUCGUCAGCCUACCACCCACAGACCGAUGGCCAGACGGAACGGGCGAACGCGGUGCUGGAGCAGUACCUCCGGUGUUACUGCAGCUACCAGCAGGAUGACUGGGUCGACCACCUGGCAUUGGCGGAGUUCGCCUAUAACAACGCGGUGAAUGCGUCCACCCAGCAGACCCUGCUCCAGGCCAGUUAUGGUUAUCAUCCACGGCUGUUUCCAGAGGUGCUGCCGGCAUCCGCGGUCCCGGCGGUGACGGAGUGGCUUCAAGAGCUCCAGUCCCAGCAACAGCUUUUGGUGGAGCAACUGCACCAGGCCAAGGAAGCGCACAGCCCAGGCCGACCGCCACCGCCAGGUGGGGCCGGAACUCGCUGGCCGGUGACCUGGCUUGGCUCUCCACUCGCCACCUCCACCCCUCUCGACCUUCGCGGAAGCUGGACGCCCGCUCACCGGCCCGCUCCCUAUCGUAGACCAAAUCUCUCCUGUGGCAUUCCGUCUCCGGUUACCCGCAACCCUGAAGGUUCACCCGGUCUUCCACAGGUCCCUUUUGAGUCCGGUGGCCCCACCCGACGAGUUCCACUCGGACCGUCCCCGACCGCAGCCAGUGCUGGUUCGGGAGAGCCUGAGUACGAGGUGGAACGCAUCCUGGACUCCCGAUACCGCAGGGGAAAGCUGCAGUAUCUCAUUGACUGGAAGGGGUACGGACCGGAGGACCGCUCCUGGGAACCAGCGGCCAAUGUCCACGCACCGGCCUGCCUCCGAGAGUUCCCUCCGCCGUCUCCCGGCCCGCCGGGUCCGGACCCUCGGGUGAGGGGGGGGCCUGGGAGGGGGGAUGGUGUGAUGGCCUGGGAUUCCGAUUCGGAGGAUGAAACAGAGGAAUCCCAGCCUGCACAGGAGUCCCCGCCUCCAGGGCCGGCUGAACUGGGGCAAGGCCUAGAUGCUGAAGAGCCUGCACCUGUGGCAGUGCAUCAGGAGCUGGCCCCAGGUGAAGCCCUUCUGGCCCCAGAGGGGCUUGAUGACUCAGUGGCCACAGGUGAGCCUCCUCCAGGGCCCAGUAACCCUUCGGCCUCUCCUGAUCUGCAGAGGCUUAGGGCAGAGAGGCGAAGGGAACUGGCUGCCCCCAGGAGGAGUGCUCGCCUUAAGGCCAGAGGAGGCGGGGCUCCUGGGGACCGGGACCGCCCCUGGCCUUAGAAGAGGAUAAAGCCCAGUCAGCCCGGCCCCAGGCUGCGGGAGCAACGUCGUUGCUGGCUUCGGACCUUCCUGGGCUCCGGUUCCCUGCCCGGCUUCCUGUUCCUGACUAUCCGGUACUCCUGUUCCCUGCUCCGGCCUCCUGUUCCCGACCAUCCGGUGUUCCUGUUUCCUGCACAGCCUCCUGUUCCAGCAUUCCUGUUCCCCGCCCGGCUCUCUGCCUCGGACCUUGCCCCUCUUCGUGUGGACUCUGCUACACCCAAGGUACCUUACCCCCGGGACCAGCACACUUGUUCUCAGUGCUAACUGGACACAAUCCUACUUCCAGGAAGCCAGACCCUCUUCACUUUGGGCAAAGAUAUAUUUUUGUUUUUUGCACAUGUGCAGUUGGAAACAGCCUCAGCACACACCCCAAACAAGGAAAGGGGGCAGUUUGUAAAGAGGUCUCAUUUCCUUUUUAUUGUUUUCUUAGAGCAGGUAGUGAUUUGGGGAACACCUUAUUUAUUCAUAAAAAAUUAUGCACUGCUUGAUUUGUGAAAACUAAACAAACCUCAAUGUGCUUUACAAAAAAAAAUAGAACAAAAACAACAAUUUAUUAUCUAUACCCCGCCCAUUUGGCUCUGGGUGGCUCCCAAGAGAAUAUUAAAAACACAACAAAACAUCAAACAUGAAAAACGUUCCCUAAACAGGGCUGCCUUCAGAUGUCUUCUAAAAGUCAGGUAGUUGUUUAUUUCCUUGACAUCUGAUGGGAGGGCGUUCCACAGGGCGGGCGCCACUACCAAGAAGGCCCUCUGCCUGGUUUUCUUAUUAAUAAGAAAAAUCAACAAUGUAAAACUUUCAAAAAAAUUAAAACAACAAUAGAGUAGAAACAGAUUGAAGGACACUCCUUUUUUGGAGGUUUCAUAGCAGAGGGUGGAUGGCCAUCUGUCAGGCAUGCUGCAUAACCUUGACCUGUGAUAGGAGCCUCUAUCGCAAAGUCUCACCUUCCCAGCCUCUUCGCAUGCUAAGCUGCUUACCCAUCUUGUUCUUUUCUGCUUGAGGUCUCCCCUAGCUCCAGCCCAAGACAAGACCGUUUUUCAGGCAACGAGCCAACACUUGACAUGGCCCUGGAUUCCUUCGAUGACCAAUACGAGGGCUGUGAACAGACGAUGGAGAAGGAGAUUGCAUGGCUAAACCAAACCGAGCUCCUCAAAAACAAAAUUUAUGCCAAAGCCUGGAAAUUAGCAGCCAACUUGAGGGAUGAUAGCAAAUGGCCCGGAAACCUCAAGCCAGAGUACGCUGCAGCAAUCAUGGCUUAUACCCGUGAAGAACCCAAGUUGUAUCCUGAUUUCAACGCAGCUGUAAGAAAAGCUGGGGAAUCCAAGGAAUAUUACCGGAAUAAUUUCAACUUCAAGACCUUCCACUUUCUCCUGACCAGAGCCCUUCAGGACCUGAGGACCUCCAACACCCCCAGCCCCCCCUGCUACGAGGUGUUUCGAGGGGUCAGAAAUAUCCACUUCAGCGCUACUGUUAAGGAUACGAUCCGUUUCGGGCAAUUCACGUCCUCAUCACGGCAAGAGGGGAUUGCCCAUGGUUUCGCUGCAGAUCCUGAAUCGAGAGUUGGACAGCCUGUGGCCAAAACCAUCUUUGAGAUUUACACUUGUCAUGGGGUUCUCAUCAGAGAAUUUUCUGACAUGCCCGUUGAGGACGAGGUUCUGAUCCCACCCUAUGAGCAGUUCAGGGUUGUAAGUUCCAGAAAGGAUGUGGAUGGUACAACCCGCAUACAGCUCUGCUCUGCUGGGAAAUUCAGCAAAUACAACUGUGCUUAUGCAAGUGGUAAGAACCCAAGGAAUUACUCCUGGGAUCAGAGAAUAGCCAAGUUUCCUUCCUUCCUUCCUCCCUCCCUUCCUUCCUUCCUUCCUUCCUUCCUUCCUUUCCAAGAAUGGAAGAGGGAUAACUGUCAUUAGUCAUAGAGUAGACCUAUAGAUAUCAGUAGAUUUAAGUCAAUUUAUUUCAUUGCUCCCACUCUGGAUAUGUCUAAUGUUGGAUGUUGUCAGGGGUUCAGGAGCAGAGGCAAGGGCAAGGGAGGAAACAGAGAGCGAGGGGGAGGAGGCAGAAGAAAAGAUGAGUGAUGACGACGACCCGAGAUCUCCGAGUCUUUCCAGUGAAUCAGAAGAUUCACAGAAAGGAGCACCAGUGGCCAGGGCAAGGGGGGAGCCUAGGGGGACGCCCCAGGAAGAUAGAGCCAGAGGGGACUCAGAGGGGAGCAGUUGGAAAUCGGGACCAGCGUCACCGCCAGAGAGCAGGGAAGAGGAAGGGAGCCAGGGAUCAAGCGCUGGCAGCUCACAACAGGGGGGAGGGCACGAGUCAGGAGUGGCCACACCUCCAUCGGGGAGCGAAGAAACGGUCAGACGGAAGGUGGAAGGUUGGGCGCGCGCGCCAAGUUCAAAUGCACAGGAAGGUGGCACAGUAGGCAGCCCGGAAAGGGAGCCAGGUCCUAAAGCCCGCCGAAAGGAGGGAGAAGAGUCAGGGGGGUCAGCGUCAGCGUCAGAGGAAUCCCGGAAAGAAGAGACCCCAGGGGGCAGAGGGACCCAGAGAAGAACAGUCAGGCGGAAAAGGUGGAGCAGGGCUAGGAUAUUAAGUUGGUGUACAAGGGGCGGAGACUCAGACGGAGCUUCGCCGGUCUAACCAUGAGACGUAGAGUUGCACGCAGCAGUUUGAGAAUGGAAACUGUAACUCAAUAAAGACUUUUGUUUAAUGAUCGCUGGCUAGCGUGAUCCUCUGUGAGCUAGGAUCUGGAAGCAGCUCUGACAGUAAGCUCCGUCUCUAUAAAUUGUGGGCAUCUACAGCCUCGCGGAGAGGAGAGAAAGCGGGUGCCUACUAGCGAGCUCACGAAAGGCAGACAAUAUGACGGCCGAACAGCAGAUAGCGGAACUCAGAGAAGCAGUGUCACGACUGAAUGCCGAGGCUCUUGCAUCCAGGAAGAGAGAGGAGGACGCAGCUGCCGCCUACAGGGAUCUCCAGGUCAGGUUGGAAGUGCUUACGAAGCAAGGGCAACUGACACCCAAACCGGAGGGGAUUGGGUUGGGGAGACGAACAGGCGGUCUGGUCUCUCACUUCGAUGGGAAUUUGCAACAGUACCCCAACUUUAGAGCAGAUGUAAUGUGUGCACUGCAACUGCUGGACAAAGACUUUAGAGAUGAGCAAGAGAAGGUGGGAUUCAUCAUGUCCCAUUUGCAUGGAGAUGCUAAAGCAUGGCUGCGCAAUUUGUGGAGAGAUAGGAUCCGGCGCUCCAAAAUGCGGAUGCCUUUAUUAAAGCGAUGGAUGGGUGCUUUUUAUCAAGCAUUGACGUGGAUCUUGCUCGGCAGCAGAUACAUGGACUGAAGCAAGGGAGGGCCAGCGUAAGGCAGUACCAUGCCCGCUUUUUCGCUUUGGUCAGUGCUCUGGAAUGGGACAGAGAUUCGGCUCCUGUAAGAGACCUGUUUUGGGAGGGAUUGCACGGCUCGGUUAAAGAUGAAAUUGCGAGGGGGGAGAGACCCCGGACCACGCAGGAGAUCGGUCAGAGGGCGCUGGCGGUGGGGGUGCGGCUGGAAGAACGUCCGUGGAGCAGGGACGAAGGGCGUGGAGGGCGCGAACCAGCCAGGGGCUCCUCCUUCCUUCCCAGAGAAGCAGCGCGUGCGCAAUCCACGCUCCGCCAGGAGGAGGAGCGGAACCUAUGGAGGUUGGAGGUGCAAGGGCUCAGUCAGCAGCCAGAGCCCUAGCACCGGCAGCAGUGAAAGCGAAGCCUCCUAGAGGGAACAGGAAGUGUUACAUCUGCGAUGCUCCACAGCAUAUGGCGAAAGAGUGUCCCCAGAGGCUCCACAAGCACACUGCAGCUUCAGCAAUGGUAACUGCAGCAACGCAGCAAGGAGAACCACAGCAGGGAAACGACGGAGUCUGGUUGGAGGAAGAGGCACUGGGGCCCAGCCAGACGUGUCAGUGAAGCAGUCCCCAGAGAUUUUACAGCCCAUGGACCCCCUCCCGCCCAAACCAGUAGUGAGGCUCACCGCGUCGCUCCAGCUGCCCAAUGGAAUCACCAUGGACGUGCCAAUCACCAUUGACUCCGGAAGCAAUGCGGACUUUAUAGGGCAGGACUUUGUCGACCGGCACGCUAUACAGUUGCUGCCUGCCACGCUGCCCCUGCAGGUUGUCACGGUGGAUGGCAGGGAGCUGCUAGGGGGGCAAGUGGUGAAGCAGACGCCACCAAUGGUGAUGCGGCUUGGGAAUCACAGGGAAAUCAUCAGCUUCAAUGUCACUCAACUAUCGGACACGCCCAUUGUAUUGGGCAUGAGUUGGCUGGACAAGCACAGCCCGACGCUGGCUUGGUACCAGAGGCAGCUGACCUUCGGCUCUUCCUUUGCGCUGAACACUGCAUCGUGCCCCGGCAGGAAGGAGAGGAAGAGGAGUCACAGCUGCAGCUAGGCACGCUGCAAGCGGUUCCCCACAAGUACGCAGAAUUUUUGGAGGUUUUCUGCGAGAAGGAGGCAGACAGGCUACCCCCCCACAGACCAUAUGACUGCAAAAUUGACCUGCUGCCGGGGCGGCGCUGCCCAAAGGGAAGCUGUAUUCCAUGUCUGAGGAUGAACUGCAGGAACUCAAAGAGUUCAUAGAUCAUAAUUUGGAGCGCGGUUUCAUCCGAGAGUCCAAGGCAGCGGGGGGCAGUCCGGUAUUCUUUGUUAAGAAGCGGGACACGCCCCAGAAAAGACUUGUAGUGGACUAUCGCAUUUUGAACAGCGUGACCAAGCCAUCGGACUUCCCCAUGCCCCGAAUCGACGACCUCCUCGCAAAGGUACGGAAGGGCAGCGUGUUCACUAAGUUGGACCUGCGAGGGGCGUACAACCUCAUUCGCAUGCGGGAAGGAGAUGAGUGGAAGACAGCCAUGUUCACGCCCUGGGCACCUACGAAUAUAGAGUUAUGCCUUUUGGAUUGCAAAAUGGUUCCCACGUUUUUCAAGCUUUCAUGCAUCACGUGUUGGCGGGGCUCUUCUACAAGACGUGCGUCUGUUUCUUGGAUGACAUCCUGAUCUUUUCGGAAUCGCAGCAGGAGCAUGACAGACACGUCAAGGAAGUGCUGAGCAGGCUACAGCAACAUAGGCUUUACGCCAAGCUGGAGAAGUGCCAAUUCGACGUGACGGAGGUGGAUUUCCUGGGCUACAAGUUGUCUGAUAAAGGGCUCGCCAUGGACAGCGCCAAGGUCCGAGCAGUGUUGGAUUGGAAAAGCCCACGCAACCGGAAGGAGGUCCAACGGUUUGUCGGCUUUGCGAACUUCUAUCGCAAGUUUAUCAAAGGCUUUGCCAUGCAGACAGCGGCCAUCACGGACACGCUCAGCUCCAAGAAAAAGAAGUUCAUCUGGACAGAGCAGGCGGAGCAGUCCUUUCAGGCACUCAAGCCGCCUCUUCGCGUCGGAAGGGCAACUGCUUCAUGUCAACCCCAGCAAGCCGAUGAGGGUGGAGACAGACGCUCGGACAGAGCCGUGGGAGCAGUCCUGCUGCAGAAGGACCCGCAGGGGGUUUGGAGGCCGGGAGCGUUUUACUCAAGGAAGCUCAGCAAGUCCGAACAGAACUACACCAUCUGGGACAGGGAGUUGCUGGCCAUUCAUGCAGCGUUCAAAGCGUGGAGGCACUUCCUGAUCGGCGCCAAGCACACGGUGCAGGUCUGCACGGACCACAAGAAUCUAGAGCACUGGCGCACGGCACAGUUCCUGAACCAGAGGCAGAUACGUUGGGCUGAGUUCUUUGCGAAUUUCGACUUCCGAAUAGAGUAUGUCCCGGGGACACCAACAUCAUGGCGGAUGCUCUCUCCCGUAAGCCGCAGUAUCUGGAGGAGGCAACGCCAGCGGCCGCCAUGCACAUCUUCGCACCGACAGUGUGGGCGUGCACGGCGGCAACAGUUGACCUGGAGGCGGUGCGACGAGCGUUGCAGGAUGACUCCUUCGCGCAAGCAAAGAUGGCAGAGGCGCACAGGGGCACGGCAGCGACCGACGAGUUCCAGCUGCGAGAUGGUUUGCUCAUCCGUAAAGGGGCCAUCUACGUGCCGGGAGACGAACUUCGCGCCAAGGUACUGCAGCAGCUGCACGACGCGCCCACUGCCGGGCACUUUGGCAAGGAGAAGACGGUGGAAUUAGUAGCCAGAGACUUCUGGUGGCCAGGAAUGAGAGGGGAAGUCGCGGACUACGUGGCGAGGUGUGACACCUGCCAGAGGGCCAAACCAGUGCACAGACCGCCGGCCGGAUUGCUGGAACCGCUGCAAACUCCGUUCGAACCAUGGGAGAGAGUGGCCCUGGACUUUGUCACGGAUCUGCCCAGCUCGAGGGGCAAGACGGCUGUGCUGGUGGUGGUGGACUUGUUCUCCAAGAUGGCACAUUUCAUUCCGUGUGCGAAGGUGGCCACGGCGGAACAAACCGCCAAACUGUUCAUAGACCACGUGUUCAAGGUUCACGGUCUGCCGCGGUCUAUUCUGUCCGACCGAGGGCGACAGUUCAUCUCGAACUUCUGGCAGAGGCUGAUGGGCUUCCUGAACGUCAAGAUCAACCUGGCGUCGGCUAGACACCCGCAGACCAAUGGGCAAGCGGAGCGGGUCAAUGCCAUCAUGCAGCAGUACCUGAGAUGUUAUGCGAAUCAACAGCCUGCGACGUGGGUGGAUUACCUGCCUCUCGCCGAGAUCGCCUACAACAACACGAAGCACGUGUCCACGGGGGUCACGCCGUUCUUCGCCAACAACGGGAGGCACCCCAGAACCUUCCCGGGACUGGAAAGAAUGGGGGAGGGGGAGCCGCAGACAGCAGAUGCAUUCGCGACGGAGUUGCAGGAGGUCCACGAUCAGCUGCGGCGGCACCUGGAGCUGGCUAAACACGCAUACAAGGUACAAGCGGACAAACACAGAAGGGUUGGCGAAGAGAUCCAUGUGGGAGACUGGGUCUGGUUAGCAGCCCACGCAGUGCCGGCCAGGUCGUUGGCGAAGAAGAAACUAGGGCAUAAACAACUGGGGCCCUACCAAGUCGAAGAACAGGUCAACCCGGUGGCUUUCAGGCUGGCUCUUCCGGAGGGUUCCAGGAUGCAUCCGGUGUUCCACAGAUCGGUGCUCACUCCAUACAAGGCACCUCACAGGUUUCAGGAACCAGGAACGGCACCGGGUCCGCUCCGAGAGAGAACCGGGCAGGGGGGAGUGGCACGGGAGGAGCGCAUCAACGAAGCCACGGAGAUUUUGGACUCCAGAUGGGGGAAGAGGGGGUAGAAUACCUUCUCGCCAAGGAGGGCACCCCGGCCAGUGCCAACAGCUGGGUGCCGGGCUACGCUUUAGACGAACCUCUGCUCAAAGAAGAGUUUCAUGCCCUCUUCCCACAUAGGCCAAUGCCAGCAGACUUUUUCGACGACUGGCUUUUCACGCCCACGCUUUCAGCCAGCACGCUCCGGGGUUCGACUCGGACGAGGAACCGACACGAGACGCCCGUUCCCCGGAGGGGUCACCUCGGGAUCUGCUUCAGAACCCUCGUAUUGGUGGGAUGAUCGACCAGAGGAGCAGUUCCGCAGAAGGUGGCUGGAGGGUCCAGGACGAGCAACGUCUCCAGAAGGUAACGAGGGAGAGACGGACAUGGACCCUCGGGACGACCCGGGUAACGAGCACGGCGGCACAGAGAUGGAAGCGGAGGUGACCGUCGUCAACGAGAGCAGGGAGGAAGACCCGGAAGACUUCAGAUGGCGGCCCGCCACGGGAAGCGAACUGUAUCCGACAUUCGUCCCCCUGACACGGCAGCACCCAGAUCCCGCACCGGAAGGAGGGGAGGGGGGCAGAGGGGGCUUCGAGGGGGGGAUGGAUGUCAGGGGUUCAGGAGCAGAGGCAAGGGCAAGGGAGGAAACAGAGAGCGAGGGGGAGGAGGCAGAAGAAAAGAUGAGUGAUGACGACGACCCGAGAUCUCCGAGUCUUUCCAGUGAAUCAGAAGAUUCACAGAAAGGAGCACCAGUGGCCAGGGCAAGGGGGAGCCUAGGGGACGCCCCAGGAAGAUAGAGCCAGAGGGGACUCAGAGGGGAGCAGUUGGAAAUCGGGACCAGCGUCACCGCCAGAGAGCAGGGAAGAGGAAGGGAGCCAGGGAUCAAGCGCUGGCAGCUCACAACAGGGGGGAGGGCACGAGUCAGGAGUGGCCACACCUCCAUCGGGGAGCGAAGAAACGGUCAGACGGAAGGUGGAAGGUUGGGCGCGCGCGCCAAGUUCAAAUGCACAGGAAGGUGGCACAGUAGGCAGCCCGGAAAGGGAGCCAGGUCCUAAAGCCCGCCGAAAGGAGGGAGAAGAGUCAGGGGGGUCAGCGUCACCGGCAGAGGAAUCCCGGAAAGAAGAGACCCCAGGGGGCAGAGGGACCCAGAGAAGAACAGUCAGGCGGAAAAGGUGGAGCAGGGCUAGGAUAUUAAGUUGGUGUACAAGGGGCGGAGACUCAGACGGAGCUUCGCCGGUCUAACCAUGAGACGUAGAGUUGCACGCAGCAGUUUGAGAAUGGAAACUGUAACUCAAUAAAGACUUUUGUUUAAUGAUCGCUGGCUAGCGUGAUCCUCUGUGAGCUAGGAUCUGGAAGCAGCUCUGACAGAUGUCAACCCCUAAUAUAACGAAGUAAAAGCAGCAUCAAACAGCAGAGUUAAAAUUAUAGUUACAAAGCAGAGGCAAAGAAAGCAAACUUCUAACAGGAAAAUUAUAUACAGUAGUUGUUAAAACAAAUUUAUUCAAAGAUGAACCCUGUCCGCCCAAUAUUGGAAUUGUGAAAUAGCGGCUCAUUUGUCUCAUUUAUUCACUACAAGUUAACUUCCUACCCAGAUGCACUUUUUUGAAAUGGUUCAUCCACUUUCUCUUUUAUUGUAUUUCAACUUUGAAUUUUCUUUUGUAUUUGGUAGUUACUCUCCUUUUUAUUGCAAAUUAAUACGAUAAUAAAAGUCAAUAAAGGAGAGUGAAAGGGGCAUUUGUUUGUCACCAACAGGAAAAGGGUUCCUGGAUUUAUUACUUCUCCCUAAUACAGAAUGAGAUGGGCAUUGCAGGGUUGCCAUAUGUCCUCCUUUUCCAGGACACGUCCUCUUUUUCGUGGGUAGAGAGCGAUCCAGAGUUAAAACUUGAAGUUGGCAAAUGUGUCCUCUAUUUUGCUCUAGAAAGGUUCUUUUUAGAGGGCUAACGGUACCCUAUAUCUGGGAUGGGGAACCUCAGGCCCAGGAGCUGAAGGAAGAUGCCUCAGGGCUCUCCCUUGGCCACAGCCCUUUGCCUCCUGGGCUCCACUCCUCACUGGCUCAGCUCUGCAGCCUCCUCACAUACUUCUCAUGGUGUGGAAUGUGUUCGUGGGGUGCAAUAAUGCUGAGAGAGAAACGGGGGUGGGGGGUGGAUGUCCCCUUUUGGAGCAUGAAGGUUAAUAAUACAUGAAUGACUAAUGUUGUGGUUCUUGUUUCAGGUGGGAACUAUGAGGAAGAUGCUGUGGACCAGGGGUCACCCAACGGUUUGGACCACUGGGAACACUUCAAAUUCUGA